AUGUUCAUUGUCAGGCUCCAGAUCAGUGGUUGUANAGCUGGGGAGGGACUUUGCCAGACAGCCAACUGCUCUGUGAGCGACAUCGUGUGCCUGCUGUCCCUCAGUCCUCAGGCUGUCCUCGCUGCCCAGAUGAAGUCAAGUUCCAAAGUGGUGAAUCCCUUCAGGUUCCUGGAGAUCUUUGAGACCUGGGGGCCCUACGUGGAUGGAGAGCUGAUCAAGGAGCAGGCUGUGACUGCCUUCCAGAAGGGCCACUGGCAGAAGGAGAAACCAGUCCUCCUUGGGACCACUUCAGAGGAGGGGGUGAUAUUUGUGUACGGGGUCUUCACCAAGCCUGUGUCUGCGGUGGAGUGCACCGUCUACACCGCGGCCAUCUUCAAACAGCACGCCCUCAGGAUCCUACACAAGUACCUGCCCCUGUACAAGGACAUUGACCGACGGGACAUGCUGGCUCAGAUUGUGACAGACUACGUCUUCCUUUGCCCCUCCCGCAAGGCAGCCCGGGCAGGCACCAAAGUGGGCAGCGCCGUGUGGAUGUACGUCUUCGACCAUGUGAUAUCGGACCACAGUGUGUGGUCCGGUCUGUCCUUCUGCUACGAGCACGUGUGUCAUGGUGCUGAGCUGCCCUUCCUCUUCAAUACUGCCUCCAUGGCUAACUUCACGCUGGCCCCACCCGAGAGGCUGCUGUCCAAUCGGAUGUUGUGUUACUGGGGGACAUUCGCCCACACCGGGGAUCCGGCCUCACGGAUGCAACAGAGCGGCUUCUGUAGACAGCAGCGCCUGCCGGCCUGGCCCCGCUACUCGGACACCAGCUCCUGGUUGGUCAUGAACUUCACUGUCCGCUCCCAUGCCCAGGUGGGCACCAGGGACCAUAUCUGUGACUUCUGGGACAAGCUGGGCAUCUAUUAGGGCAUAGGGGUGGGCAUGGGGCGGGCAAAGGUGUUGGUAUUGGUUAUGUAUGCAUACAUAGAGUGUUAUGUCACAUUUGGCAAUUCACCCUACAGUCGGAAUGGUUGUCACCCUGUACACACCAUUUAUAGAGUAUGACUUACACUUAGAGAUGAUUUGUGAAGCACUUAUGUAGGAGGGGAAGAGAAGAAGAUGAUGAGGGGAAGGAGGGGAAGACUAGGGGAAGGAGGGGAAGACGAUGAGGGGAAGGAGGGGAAGACUAGGGGAAGGAAGAGAAGAAGACUAGGGGAAGGAAGAGAAGAAGACUAUGAGGGGAAGGAAGAGAAGAAGACGAGGGGAAGGAGGGGAUGAAAAGGUGCAGUCAUCCUUCUCUCCCCUGACGUAUGAAACAUAUCUGUGUAUCUACUUUGGAAGAAUUGCAUGUUUAGUUUUCUAACCAUUUCUCGUCCCCAGCUGCUUCAUUUGAUGUGAUUUGUGCAGUGAUUUGUUGGCUGCGUACUUGAGAACUCCUACAUGAAUACCCCACUGUCGCUGUACAUGUGAAUCAUUUUGGAUAAUGUUUUUCUAUGACAAAUAAACCACAGUGAGAAAUA